AUGGGUUGCGUUAACGGUGUAUAAAAUGAUCAAAAUAUGAAAAAUCAAAUUAAAAAAAUGAUAAAAAUAAUGAGAUAAUAUGAAGAAAGAAUAAAUAAAAUAAACUAAAAAUUCAUUUUAGAUUUACAAAAAAUGGUUAACCCUAGUAACUACCAAAUCGAUGAGCAAGUUAUUCUUGUUGUAGAAAAUAAAAGUGAGUGUGAAACUAUAAGCUCUUAAAUUGAGUGUAGCGUUAAAAAACAUAAAACCUUUAGUCCAAAAAUCCCUCCUACAUAUUUAAAAUGA